AAUUACUACGUCACCACCGUGCGCCAUGAGCUUGUGCGCGGAGUGUAACGUGUAGUUGUUAAAUUCACGCGAAUGUUUUGCUAAAUAGUCUACUGUUGUACAAAAUAUAUACCAAAUAAUGUCUAAACUUUCCGAAUUUACAUUCAAGGGCAGCUGUGAUCUUAUGCCUCAAGGGUUUUGGUCAGCAAUUGAUGUAUGGAUAAAUAAACCUCAUGUUCUGAAUAAACGAUUGUGCGGAGUCAAAGUGGAGGAGGAGGGCAGGGAAGUAGAUAACCUGGAACUUCAAAACAUUUUGUCCGCGCUUUGGGAUUACGACACCGAAGACCUAAAUUGUGUACUCUCUUAUUUGAACGUCGGCGUUGAGUCGAACACUUACAUUCACGCGAAUCAGAAGGGACAUUGGUGUUUUGGAGUAAGGACAGUGGUUCCUAAAGUCAACUCUUAUGGCUCUCAAAUGCAGAAGGAAAUCAUCCUGAAGGACGCUUCGAGACAGUGUGUCAUAUUUAUACCAUUUGAAGAAAAUGAAGACGGACAUACGUUUCCAAAGAAAAACAACAUUUAUCGAAUUCAGCUGGAGGCAGAAAACAAUGAAGACUGGUCUGUGUCGGUGUCCGCCUUGCGGCCGGAUGACUGGUUCUCAGACGGAGUGGUGUAUCCCAAAUUCCCGUGGCUGGUGGGGGUGCUCCUCCCCAAACUGGCCCAGUGGUCUACGGAGAGCAGGCAGAGCGAGUUCAAGAGCACCCUGUCUCUUAUUCCAGUGGAAAAGUACAGCUGCAUGUACCAGAAGCUGAAGGAAAAAUACAAAGAGAUGGUGAAGGUUUGGCCUGAAGUGACUGAUCCAGAGAAAUUUGUUUAUGAGGAUGUGGCCAUUGCAACUUAUUUACUGGUCCUCUGGGAACAGGAGCGAGCAGAUAAAUGUCUGACUGCAAAGCAGUCCUUUGUGGAUCUGGGAUGUGGAAACGGUCUCCUCGUUCACAUACUGGGGAAUGAAGGGCACCCUGGGAAGGGCAUUGAUGUCCGGAAGAGAAAAAUCUGGGACAUGUACGGUCCUCAGACAUGUUUGGAGGAAAGUGCAAUCACACCCAGUGACAGCUUUUUGUUCCCCGACGCAGACUGGCUGAUUGGAAACCACUCGGACGAGCUGACGCCGUGGAUACCUGUUAUAGCCUCCAGGUCGUCUUACGCCUGCCGCUACUUUGUCCUCCCCUGCUGCUUCUUCGACUUCUGCGGGAAGUACCAGCGGCGGCAGUGCAGGAAGUCCCAGUAUAAGGAGUACAUCGACUUCAUCGCCGAGAUCAGCGCCGCGUGCGGGUUCAGCACGGAGGAGGACUGCCUGCGAAUCCCGUCCACCAAGCGGGUCUGCCUGAUCGGGAAGAGCAGGAGCUACGAGCCGUCCGGGGAGGCCCAGGCGGACGAGCUGAGGACCCGCUACAUUCAGGACCGGCUGUCCCGUUCCGCGGGCCCCCCGAGGGACCCCGAAGAGGAAGGGGCAGGGGGUCCGGCCGAAACCGGGGGAGGCUGGGGGGAGGGGUUCCAGCCCAGGGAAAAGGCCCAGAUCACCCGAAACUGCGCCAGCCUCCCUCGAGACUUCAUCGACGGCGUGGUCCUGCGCGUGGGACGCGCGCUGCUGGAGCUGAACCCCGAGGAGAGGCACGACCCGGAUGCCUGGAACCGAGGAGGCAGCCUGUCUGUCAGGGAGGUGGCCGAGAUGCUGGACAAACAGACGCUCCAGAUGCUGAAGAAGGAGUGCGGGGGACUGCAGACGCUCCUGAGGAACAGCCACCAGGUGUUCAAAGUGGACGGAGGCAGAGUUCAGAUCCGGGACUGGAGGGAGGAGUCCGGCGAGGGACGGUCCCGAGCCCCGCCCAAGAGGAGGCCUCCGGGGGCCCAGAAGACCCGCCCCUGCUGGUUCCACACGCACCACCCCCAGGGCUGCCCCCUCCCCACCGAGCGCUGCGCCUUUGCUCACGGGCCUGCUGACCUCCGACCCCCCACCCACCCCCCCAAGAGGCACAAGAGCCAAUCAGCAGCGACCGUGUCUGCGGCUGAGGGGAGUGCCUGAAUAUCUACCCUUUCUCUCUGUUUUUAUUCUGGCUUCUGAGUGGCUCAUCCUGUUACCGUGACGCUGUGACCAUGCCCUGCCCACUGUGGUCGUCAGCUGGCUCUAGCAUCGCCCAGCGAAGGGCGCUUUUCAGUCGGACAGGAUGGCAGCAUCAUGUCAUGCAGGUGCGCCCCCUGCUGGUCGAGGAGGUGGCUGCAGCUCGGUGUGUUAGGUUGCAGAUGAGGCGUGUCCUGAAUGGAUAGUGGAAGUCGCAGUGUUACAGCGUGGGCGUGACUGCCCAUUCACAAUGGGGGAGAAACAUAAAUUCCUAAUUAAAUAUUUCAUUUUAUUGGACUUCAUUUAAAAGAUAAAAUUGUAACAAAAUGUUUUAUUAAACUAAAAAAAAAGAAAAACCAAACCUUUUUUUUACGUUUUACAUUAUUAUUGUUUUAUUUUUUUAAUUUGAUAUUCUGUUGUCUUCCUACUGAUGUUAAUGUCUUUGCUGGAAGGGGCCUGGGGAUUGCGAUAGUCUUUUGAACAUGGACAUGCUGACAGAAUCUCUCUACACAAACUAACCGCUCCCCCUUGUCUAAUAAAACACAGCCUGAUGUAAUGUCUUCCAAAAAAACGGCCCCAACGAGCUGUGUUCUGGGACAUUUUCCCCUAAUGUUUUUUCUUGCUUUUUCUGGAAGUCUUUUGGAGCCUGGAGUAAAACGCUGGCCUCAUCCGAAAAUUGUCGGAGCUGCAUUCUGGACGACCUUUCCGCCACGAGGGCCGCCCUGGUGUUUCACACGUGAACGAGGGCGCAUAAAAUCACCGCAGGAGCUGCUUUGAGAUGUCGUGUGCUGCUAUCCUCAAGCACAUUCACAAAAGUGACAGUUUCAAAAAGACUUCACUUAAUCCAUUAGGGUGGUAAUGAACAACAGACUGAUAUAAAAUUUAAGAGUGCCCAUUGAUGUAGGACAGGCAAACUGCCAU